AUGGACAACACCAACAUCUCCGAGCUCGUCGAGCGCCUGAGCAGCGAUGAGGACUCAGUGCGGAAGAUGGCCGCCUUCAAGCUGCAGUCUGCCAUUGGCGACCCAUCCUUCGCCGAUGCAUUCAUACACCAAGGCGGCCUGCCUAAGCUGCGCUUUCUGGCACUACAUGCCAAUGGCAACACCCUGGCCUACAGCUUGACCUCCUUCUCCCGCCUGCUGGAGCUGGACAUUGGCUGGGAUCAUGUCACCCAAGACUUGAUAGAGCGGGUCGUGGAGCUUGUCGUCACCCACCCGCUGGUAAACAUCCUUCGAGGGGCUAUGUCCAUCCUCGUAGCCGUCGUCUCACACCCGCACAAUCGCACCUCCCAGCCUGGGGCCUUCGGUUUUCGUGCCCUCAAACCCGCCGUGGCGGUACAUCCCCAGUUCCUCGAGAUGCUGGUCAGCCGCCUGUCCUCCGCCGACCACGCCCUCUGCGCCAACGCGCUUCAGCUCAUCAACGCGCUGAUGCGCGACGCCAUCACCAGCGACGCAGACACCGAGUGGCCGAAGUUCAUAAAGCGGCUGCAGGAUCUGGGGGUGAUAAAGGCGGUCUAUGUGUUGAUGCAGAGCACGGCGCUUCAAGACCUCGCACACCCGAUCCUCGAGUUCCAGUCUCUGACGAAGACACUCCUGCGGAAAUGGAGGGAUGUGCGGAUCGACCUGGACAAGCCCGAACACCGGCGUGCACUCAAGGGGCUGCACCUCGCGAGCAAUCCGCCCUCCAAGCCUCCUGUUAGCCGGGACGGCGUGGCGGGAAGCGCAAAACACCACCCUGAGAAAUGGCGCCGUCUAGGCUUCGAGACCGAGUCGCCAGCCUGGGAGUUCGAAGAGACAGGGUUCUUAGGGAUGAUGGACCUCACGGACUUUGUACGCAAGAACGAGGACGGGUUCCAGAAAUUGCUGCUCGAGCAGUCCACAAAGCCGGCGGAGCAGCGGUGCCCGAUCGCCAAAGCGAGUCUGGCAGUAACGGGGAUAUUGCAUGAGCAUUUCGAAAUCGACAAACCGGAGAGCGAUGAGGGGAGGUAUGCGAUGCUGGAGUCGAAGACGGGGCUGGACCGCGCGUUCAAGCCGUUGCUGUUACAGUGGAGUCGGCUGCACACGAGUGGGUUGAACGCGUUUCUAAGGCUGUGGAAAGCCACGGGCGCCGAGGUGGAGGAUUUCGAGAAGGUGGAGGAACUGGUCCGGAUCCUCGUCGAACAGGUCGUCGGCCAAGCGCCUCGCACGCGAGAUGUCCAGGAUGUCGAAGAUGAGCUCGCAGACUUCGAGUACCGCAAGUUACGAGAUCUACAGAUGGAGCUGCUAGAACUGACGUACGAGGACGCGUGGGGCCAUCACUUGCAACAACUCCGCGACGAACUCCACCACGAAGCCCAACAAUUCAUCCGCGAACAACGCAUCCGCUGCCUCCUCUCCGGCGCCUGGUUCCCGCACGCGCUCUCCUACCCGUCCUCCGAAACCGGCCCCAUCAGCAAAGCAGCCCUCGCCCGCACCGUCCCCUCCAUCUGGCGCUUCGUCCGCCUCUCGCACAACAGGCGGUACCUGCACUUCGCGGACUUCGACGCCAGGACCGAGGAGGACGAGAGCCCCGCCUUGGAGAGCCUGCCAAACAAGAUUGAUCUGAGCACUGUGGUCAGCGUCGCGAGCAACAUCUCGACCGACGCUGCGGCUAGCGCGCCGUCGAGCAGCGGCUCAGACAGCACGAUCCGGACCGGCACGGCGGCGGCGGGGAACAACGGCCCCGGGGCGGCUCACACCAAAAUCACCAUCACGGGCUACGAGCCCUCCUCCUCCUCCUCGUCCUCUUCCAAAACCCCCGACUCCCAAAGAAGAGAAAUGACGCUCCUGGAGCUGCACCCCCCGACCCAGACCCUGGCGGCCGAGUGGCUCGACGGCCUCCUCAUGCUGCUGAACCAGCAGCCCCUCACCGCCGACACGGCGAAGCUGAUCCGCAUGAUCGAGGGUUACGGCCUCAAGAUCCGGCUGCUCAAUGUCAGGUUUGAGGAUCUGAGGGCGGGCGAGGAGCCGGAGUUGCCCGGGAGAGAGGGCACCGAGGGGCCGUUUUGGUAUGCGUUGGGGGAGGAGGAUGAGGGGAUUGGAGAGCGGGGAGGGGGGGUGUAG